UUGAUAAGUUCAACAAUGAAUAUUAAGCAAGGAUUACAAAAAUUCUUGAAUAAUUACUCAGGCAAGAAGAUUAUUGGGGAAGAAAUAAUCCCUUUCAAAGCUUUGGUAAUCGAAGUACUAGACCUCAUGAUUUCCGAUGGAGAGUACAAGAUCCCAGCGAUUUACUCAGAGGAAUGUAGGAAGGAGUUCAACACUAAAUUUGAGUACCUCAAGCUCUCAGAAUUAAGAAAUAUGAACAUCAUGGUUAACAAUUACGAAUACAUUCUGCAUGACCCUCAAGCUGGAGAUUGAGGGUCUUAUAAAGGCAUGAUAGUCAAGAUUGUCAUUCAUUCUAUAAAGCCCCUGCCAAAUGAAGCACCUUUAAAUAGCGCCGGAAAAGAUAUUUUACUUAAUAAGUUUGUGAAGGCGGGACUAGAGAAAUACAAAUACAAAAGAAUGCAAGGGAUCCUCAUGGCUUCUGAAAACACUGAUUACCCUAUGGAGGUCCAGGAGCAGUCUCAGAGCCAACAGAUGAGAAUUGAGGGUGAGCAGUCUAAAAUGUCUGGAAUAACCAGUAAUCUAUCAUCUUUAAUUGCCAUUUUUGACGACAAAAUGGAACUCUCACAUAAAAAGGAACAAACAGAGGUAUCUCAAAAUCAGAGUGAACUAAUCCAGUCUAUAUUUAACCUAAACACUGGGAAAUACCUUGAAGAUGAUUCUAAAGACCAAGGCCUGUUCCAUAGAGAUGCUCACCAGAAAGAGUUCACAUUCACAAGACUGAUCAACCUUCAGAGGCAAACUGAAGCCGAACUCUAUGCCAGACUGAAUGAAAAGUAUAUUCAAGAGAUGCAAAUUGAAGAUAAAAGACAGUGAAGAAUGAAGGAAGAGAGUCUAAAAUAUGAGAACAAGCAGAAAGCCCUCAAGUAUUCUCUUAAAGAUCUUGUGGUUCAAAGGAUAAAUAAAACUAUGAACAAGCCUAGUGAGAGUAAUGUUCAUCAGAGAGGCAAUAUUGAUCUCAAUAGCACCUUUGAGAUUAAGGAGGGGAUCAAGCAAGUUAUUGAGAAUGAAAUACUCAAAAGAAUGCAAGAUAGUGAUCAAGAGAGUGAUAAUGGCAGGCCACCAAUCCAACAUUCUAAGUCUAAAAAGGAACUCAAGAAUCACUCUCCUGAAGAGGUAGAGGAGACUGGCUCCUUACUUGCUAUCUCUGAAUUUAAGAGUUAUAUGGAGUGGUACUAUCUCAAAAAGCAUAACCAAGAGGAAAAUCAACCUCCUGAAGAAAGUACGAACUCUCUUGAUGCAAGUACUGUCUACAACACUGAUGCUAAGCCUUGUACAGGAAUUAAGAGUAUCAAAAAUGCUAAAAAUACACCGUAUGAGGUACAAAACUCUGAGAAUCUACAACAGAUAAGGACAAUGGGAAAUCCUGAAAAUUUUAUGAAAGAUCUAGAAAAUUCUUCCUUAAGAAACCAUCUUUCUGGAAUCAAAAGAAAUGCUACUUCUGAUGGUACGAAUCCUGAUAUUGUGGUUCAAGGCCACAAACGGAAAUGUAUGAAUGAAGAGUCUCAAAAUAAGCUCGCUCAGCUGUUCAGACAGAAACAACUCAGUAGGCAGAAUAGGAGUUUGGAUUUUCAAGAAGAAGGCUCAGAAGGAAGUGAAGUCCAACCGCCUCUUUCUGAAAUCAAAGCAGAAGCUAUUAAGCCAGAUACGAAGAAUUCUCACGAGAGCAGCCCUAGAGUCAUUAACUACUCUACUCUACUUAGAAAUGAGGAAGAUUUGCCAGAUAGUAGCAAUCCAGGAGGAUCUGCUCAUGAAGUGACUUCUUACAAUGUGAAUACUCCAAUGCGUUCUGAAAUUUCAAGUCAAGUUCUUAACUCUUCGAUGUACUCUAAAAUGGGAAAGGGAUCAACUAAGUCUUCCAAGUACUGUGGGAAAAGGAGAAACAUCGAACUCAAGAGAGACAAAAAGUGUCUUAAACAGAGCAUGCAUGAAAAAUUGGCUAAGUGCUUUUACUUCCAACCAUAAUUUUGAAUAUUCAAAUCUAUUUAGCCGCUCUCAAUAAA